AUGGCAGAUGGUCCAGAAACGCCGCCUAACUAUGAGGAGCAGUUUGCCCACCGGUUUUCUCUCGAGGACCCAGAGUACCAGCAGUACGUGUGUCGCCCCGCCAACCCCCCGCCGCUGGUAGAGGACUGGAGGGGGCGUGGAGGUGGACACAACCAGGGCAGAGACAACAGAUACCAGGACCGUGGCGGGUACAGGGGCCGAGGCUGGGGAGGAAGGGGAGGGGACAGGGGUUGGGGUGGGGACAGGGGUUGGGGGGGAGACAGGGACAGGGACCGGGGGGGGGACAGGGACCGGGGGGGAGACAGGGACCGGGGGGGAGACAGGGACAGGCGUUAUGGCCAGGGUGGUGGUGGUGGUGGUGGGCAUCAGUCUGGACGAUACAACUCCUACAACCAGAGACCAUCACAUCAGGACCACUACUGA